AAACAUUUCGAUCAUCGUAGCUAGCAGAUAGUAUUCGGUUCACUUUAUAUAUUUUUUAUUGAGGACUCUUGUCUAGGUGGCUAUGCCUCGUCCAGCGACACGCUACAACAUUGGUCUUUUUCCAACACCAAAGCGUACUAAUGUGGGCAGUCAGUAUCUUCACACACAGAAACAUUACGCUCGUCGAGUGUGGUACCAAAAGCAAUACUUUUCCUCCAAACCUUUCGCUAUUACAAAGCACAUGGGUAGCACCCCCCGUAUACUUCUAGAUCGAAGCUUAUGGAAGUCUUUGUGGUUUACUAAGGCCAAUAUCCCAGAUAUGAAUCGCUGGGAACGUGUAGUAAAUAGUCAACGUGUCACUGAGGAUCGCUGGGCUCUUGUAGAGGAAGGAGGCGUCAUGUAUCAAGUAAAUUGGAAGUUGUACUGCGAAAGGCUUGAAACAGAGCUUCAGAAUGCACAGGAUCAACUUCCGCAGUAUCGUUUUGCUAUGCGCGCAGUUCCAUCCGCGUGGAAAAAGCUGGAUAUUGACAUUAGUGUUCUUCGUGGGCUUUCCGUGCGAGAAGCGAUGGCUCAAUGUAAGCUUUCAAUACGAAAGGGACAUAUGGCCGUGUUUCGCGCCUUGGAGCUUGCCCAACAAGGGGCUGAGUCCAAGGGAUUGGUUAAGGAUCGACUUCGUAUUGCAAGUAUAACAUGCGUACCAGGCCCAACUGAUAAGCAAAUGGAUAUUCGCAGUAGAGGGUACUACGCCUGGAAGACCAAAAAGUCAUCUCAUCUGUUCCUCACAAUUACAGAAGAUCCAGAAAUGGUUUUACCAGAUCGUUCCGCAAUUCCGUACGCGUCUUUAAUGACAAUGAAACGGGCGGGACUUAUGGAAGAACCUACCGUUCUGGAUGUACCUGCGAUCACAGCGGAAGGUAUUUAGUAGGGACUCUGACGCAAUCGAAUUCAAGAGGAGCCACCCUAAUGCCUGCGGGAAUGCGUUAGACUAUGUGAAUGUCACUAUUUGCAAAAUUCAUUAUUUUGCUAUUGAUCACAAUAUACCCACUUAUUGCUACUACUAUUGUUAUUAUUGCUCGUGGUACAUCACCUGUUAAAGCUAUGUGUAUGAUGGUGGCCGUAGAUCUGCAUAACGUUGAAUUACAAUAUAACGUAUUGAAAGGUGUUUACAAGGGCAAAUAUGGCUGUAGGCCUUCCGGACAGAACAUUAUCCCUGUCUUGCUUACCAUAUCCAUCACUGCACAACCUAACGCAUGAAACAGAGAGAUUGUCUGCACUUAGUUUUACUUAAUAAAAGGUAUGAAACUCUGAUACAGCGAUAAGAUGAGCGACUUCGUUGGGGGUUAUUAUUUUUAUUGAAUAAAGGAGUGCGUGUGAUACGAAA